GGUUGAUCUCAACAAGGAACGAGGAACGAGGUGCGCGAGCUAUGGGGCGUUUACGAAUGUAAACACGAAUCGUGAAUGGGUGCUAUAAACAAACAACAUGUGCUCAAAUCGGACAACAUCGGUAACACGGAGCACCAGUGCCGGAGAAAUUGAGAAACCAAGAUUUGGAUGUGCAUCGCACAAUUCUUGGAUAGAACAUGCCGACUGGCUGUCGUCGAAUUUUGGCUGACAGGAAGUCGCACGAGAAGCAAGUUCUGGAAUUGAAUUGCGGAAGUGCUGGAAAAUUUCGGGUUGAGAUGCCGUGUGAAAGGGCUGCAUUGCUCCAUAACCUGCAGGAACGAAUCGAAUCAGCUGGUUUCCCUUCGUGUAUGGUCACUAGCGCAUGUAUUGCUUUGCAGAUUCUGAGCGCCCACUGGGCGGUAGCGUCGCACCCUUUCUUUUCCUAACUCGCGUGCCCUCGGCUCCUCCUUUCCGAUGGCUGGGCUUCCGCCCCCACUGUCUACCAACCUGAGUGCCCAUAUCUGGAGUUUGCCGUUUCCGAGGUCUGAGAAUUCCAUCGUGGUGGAGAGGUUUUGGCGAGUCCUACGUUUAGCUUGGAGAGGUCGGUCUCGCCGGAGAGGCGAGCUCCAUGCAGCCUGAGAGAAGUUGUGCUUUAUGAGACCAUUCUGGAUCGACCGGUUUGUAAAGCAAUGGAAGUGGGCAUGCUGGAGAUUGACGUUCGCAGUCCUGCAGCUCUGUAUCCUGUUUGUGUAGAUUGAUCCUGCAGUGGGUGUGAUAUUGACGCUGUGUCGUCAGCAGCAGGGAGGUCUGGAGCUCCAUCCCUCAAUUGCCAAGAAUGUUGAUCGAUUUGACGACACCGAGCUCGCGGGCGGUUCACGUCGACUAUCGAUUAUAAGAGCGGAUUGCUUGACACUGACGUGCCUGAUUUGGGUCGCCGGACAUCGGCUUGAAAUUUAGGCGCCACAUUCGUGGUCAUAUUGCACAGCGAGCAUCAUGUCGCAGUUCGUGGAUUUGUCGGCCCGGGGGAUGAGUUUGCUGGAUUAUGAUGAAGACUGUGUAAAGGCUGGACCAUGCGCCAUCUUGAAGCAUAUCGAGCGUUCGGGCUCGGCCGCACAGCACAAACGCAUUAUGAAUGCUAUGCGAGGAACUUCCGCAGAGCCAUUCGAUCUAGCUGUAAAGCUUGCUCAGUGGGAGUCGGAUGCGGGUGAGCCCUGUCCACAGCUGGCAGGAGACAGUGGAGGUCGAUGGGUGGUGAAGUCUGGAGGCAAGCAAACGCUCAGUCUGGGUCUGGCACCUGCGGACGAAAUGGGAGGCUCACCGCGAGUGAAAGUCAUUUCUCAGGUGUCACGGAAGCUAGUACUGGAAAGUCGUGAUAAGGAGAUGUUGCUAGAGCAGAUUUUGGAUCUGAAGCGAUCAUUAUUCGACCAGCAAAUUCAUCUACGCCACUACAAAAUUCAAGCAUCUAUGCUUGACAUGGAGAACAUGAGGAUGCACAGGGACAUUUUGGAUAUGGAGAAACCAAACUGUCAGUCUCGAGCUACGCGACUUUCUCACUGCAUGCGCCUCCGAGCUCGCAUCUUUGGUUUGAAGAAUAAGCUGCUACACAUGCAGGGAAUUGCUGAAUCCCAAGAUGAGGAGAUUCACAAGCUUCGAGAUGAUAGUCGUAUGUCUCACUGUAGGGAAAUUGAGUUUGAAAGAGAUGUUUUUCUCGGAGAAGUUUCAAGGCUCAAAGGGCAAAUACAGAAAGUGGGCUUACAGCACAAGGAGUUAUUGGCCGUGAACCAGGAAUUACUUCCAUAUGCAGAUAAAGCUGCUGAAGCUGAGGCUGAAAAUGAUCGUCUUGAAAUCGAGAAAGAGGUGCUUGAAAAUCAAAUGGAGAAGGUUAAUUUGGAAAUAAAACGGGCCCGAGCCCUGGCAAAUAAGAGUGAGCUUGAAGCAAGGGCUGCUGAAAAGCUUUGCAAGGACCAAGAGACAAGGAAUAUGGUAGUCCAGAGCUCGAUCAACAGGUGCAAAGCGGACAUACCAAAAAUGUGGAAAAGGCUUGCGAAGGAGAAUAGUGAUUAUAAGAAUCACAAGAGAGACGUCAAGAAGGGUAAGAAGAGGUUGUAUGGAUGACAAAUCAGCAUGUUUUGAGAAAUUUGAGCCGAAAUGGGGGUUUUCUUUUUUUACGCCCAGUGAGAGCAGAUUUUGGUUUGGACCUGCUUGAACUAUACGAGAACGUUUUGAAAAGUUAAUCCAGUGGAAGGUGCUCUCGAGCACGGGAGUUACGACCACUUAUUGAGUUGUAGCAAGAAGUCGAGAUUUUAGUCAGAGGUGAGAUCGGAUUUCUGUUCCCCAGGUGUGUUUUAACUCUUAAAUCAGAUUUCUCCAUUUAUUUUGUUGGAGAAAUUGAAAUUGUUUCGAAAACUAGAAUAGAGCCGUGUUUUCCAUCAAGAAGUGUUUUUUCCGCAGGACUAUUUUGGUUGUAUAUAUCGUUCCAUAGAGCAGGCUGAACACCUAGACGUGAUGCUUAGGGAAGAGACAACUUAAGCAUAACUCUAGAUAACCCGCUAAGUUUCUGAGAUAUUCACUUUAGAUUAUGAUCAAAGAGGACAACUUCGAAGAGAGCAGCAGGUCAGUUAUUAAUGAACAUUGCCUUUUGAAAAUUGGAGAGCUUUCUCCGUGUAUUUCGUUGAAUCUGAACUCUAAUUUUACAAGUAGAAUGGUACCGUAUUCUUGAUUGAUGUGUUUCCGCAGGGAAUGUUGUGACUGUAUGUAUCUUAUGUUUUAUGUAUCGUCCCGUAUAGCAGACUGAGGCACAUGAGGCAAUAUAUCUGAGUAGUGUCCCUCUUUUCCCUCGCUUCUGCCUCAUGACUGGACCCGUCGUCCCCAUGUCAUGAGGUACAAAUUAGGGAGAGAAUAGUGACAGUACCCCAGAAGAAAUUUAUAAGCCAGCGAAGUCCUCCAUUUGUCCUUUUGAAGUAUGACCAGGGACGACAACAUAGAAACCGGUAGUAGCUUUGAUUACAUUUCUAUAGUAAAUAUGCUCAGUGAUGGUAUUUUUCUAAGGCGUCGACUUUUGAUAAAAUUCCACCUUUUGGAAAUGCAUUAUGGCCGUCUUAUAUUGUCAAGGACCAAUGAUUUAUCGUGUAUUUUCCUGGGACUCAGAGUGCUGCGGAUCGAAGCUACUCGUGUGUCAGGUCAUUUUCGGUGUCGUAGAAAUCUAGAGGAGUAAAUGCGUAUCAUGGAUAUCGCCUCUUCUGGUGACUUCGAAGGUUUGCCAUUUACUUAAUCAGUUCCUCUAUAGACUAGGUCGCAGUAAGCAUCAAGGCAAACAUCCUAUUUGCUGGCGCAUUUGUCGAAGCGAACAUUGGUAUCAGACUACCCCUGAACACUUGUAUGUGCUGAUAUAUAUUCUCAAAGGUAUCAAUCGCAAGUAGGAAGAAAGAGCAUGGAAAAUAGCUGAAUGGAAAUCACUAUUAAAACCAUAGAAGAAAUGCUGACCAUGUAGAUAAAAGCCCGCGAGCAGUUGCAUAGGAGAGGAGAGAGUUUCUGGAUCCUAUCAAAUGAUGCCUCAAUCGCCCUCACAAGUGCCCGCAUGGUAGAUAGGCUUCGGGACAACAUGUACUGUUUCGAGCUUAGACAACAGGAAGAUGUGGAAUUACUGUCUGUGUGCAGUAAUUAUCAAGUACCCGGCCUGAUGCCCUUAGCCAGGUGUUGCAUUUGUCAGAAGCCUGUGUUACCUCAGUAAGUCUUAAGUAUGCGAUAUAAGAGGGGUUGUCAACUCGAUGCAGAGGUAGAAUGUAGAUCUGAGUCAGAAUUUAACGGUAGAGUAUGAAUGAUUUAACUGAAGCAAUUGCUAGGUGCUUUAUGACCAAAGAACUUAUUGCUACAUGAUUCUUUGGAUUUCCUAGCACGUUGAAUUUGCUCCUGCAUGUUGCCAAUUUUAAUCUAUCAAACCUGGAAGGUUUCACUUAUCCUUUGAGUGUGUUACUGACUUAGAUGGAGAAAUAGUUCAACAAUAAUUAAUAGAUGCGUUGAUACUCAAUAAUUCAUAACCUAACCUUCAUUUAGAGAAGGAGCUGAAAGAAGAUCCCAGGAUUUUUUGCGACCGAAGUCGGAAGAUGCUUGCCAAUAGCGAGCGUUAUAUUACAUUUUACAACAAUAUAAUAAAAUAUAAUACAAAAUAUUGAUUCACAUUUUGAUCAAUAUACAUCAUCUACGCAUUCAUUCACAUUCACAAAUGAGCAAUGAGAAUGUUUGAACAAGCGAAAAUUUGAUUACUUUCUGCAGAAAACCGGUGUUCCACGUCGUAAUGACAGUCCAGUAACUUGCAGUACUAUUUGUGGUUGGGUUUUAAACGGUUUUUACCCUUCUAGAUCCAUGAGUGGAAAACUUGCCCCAAAGCAUGUGUGAUUACCCCAUAAAAGUAAUUAAAUCUCUGACUU